AUGUCCGGGUUGUUAACGACAACAUAGUAUUGAUACUCGGCUCUAAGGCGUGCAGGGACCAGCCCUCUGAACAAUAACUCAGGGUUCACUUGCCCUGAACCCUGCAAUCUGUUACGCCUUGUGAGCCAAGCGGCCAAUUUAACACCUGGGCCUAGAGCCCCAUAGAGAACGCCAGGCCCAUCUUCCCACAGGCAGCUCCAAGUACAAACAGCAGAGAUGACACAAGACAUUCCACAAACACAUGAACAGACUCAGGCAAGAGAGAGGAAAUAAAGAAAGAAAUAAAGACACAGAAAGAAUUAGAUAAAAGGGAAGUAAAUUAAGAAUGAAAGAAAAAAAAGGGGAAAGAAAGAAAGGCAAAGAAAGACUUUGUCAAACAAAAAAAAAAAAAUCCAAUGCUGCUCGAGGGUGACAUGGUUGAAGAGAGGAAGGGGAGGGGGUCCAGAGAGACUGCUCGUGGAUAAGGCCCAGAAUUUGGUGUUACGCCCCUGCGUCCAUGACUACAAUGUGCAAAAACUGCUGGUCUUGUUCUUUAAGCCCAAUGGCCUUUCAAACUACAUCACCCACACUGCACAGCGCUCAACGUCAUCACAACAGGAAGUACAAGACGCUGGGCAGUAACGUUGUUGGUGUCUGAGCAGAGCAGUGUGGCAGGGAAAAAAAACUGUAACGUUAACGUUACUGUAAAUCUGUGAGUCUGUCGGAGAAUCGGUUCCUCUUCAGCCAGCGCCCAUGGACGACGCCCAGGAACAACACACCCCCAUCAGGAACAAAUAAACCGUCAGGGCGAGGCUUUGUUCCCUCGGUUUAUCCCAGUGGACCGUUCACCUAUGAUGGAACGGGCGAUGGAGCAGCUCAACGUACAGCUCAACCGGCUGACCCGUUCCCUCCGCCGGGCCAGGACCGUAGAACUCCCGGAAGACAAUGAGACUGCAGUGUACACACUUAUGCCAAUGGUCAUGGCUGACCAGCACAGGUCAGUGUCAGAGCUGCUGCUUAACUCCAAGUUUGAUGUCAACUACGCCUUCGGACGAGUGAAGAGAAGUCUGCUACACAUCGCUGCCAACUGUGGCUCAGUGGAGUGUCUGGUUCUGCUGCUGAAGAGAGGAGCCAACCCAAACUAUCAGGACAUCUCAGGCUGUACCCCUCUGCACCUCGCUGCUAGGAACGGACAAAAGAAGUGUAUGGGCAAACUGCUGGAAUAUAAUGCUGAUGUCAACAUCUGCAACAAUGAGGGACUGACUGCUAUCCACUGGUUGGCAGUGAAUGGAAGAACUGAGCUCCUCCAUGAUCUGGUCCAGCAUGUGUCCAAUGUGGAUGUGGAAGACGCCAUGGGACAGACAGCUCUACAUGUGGCCUGUCAGAAUGGACACAAAACUACGGUGUUGUGUCUUCUGGACAGUGGAGCUGACAUCAAUCGGCCCAACGUCUCUGGAGCCACACCCCUUUACUUUGCCUGCAGUCAUGGUCAAAGAGACACAGCGCAGAUCCUGCUCUCUCGAGGUGCCAAAUACCUCGCUGACAAGAAUGGAAUCACUCCUCUGGAUCUCUGUGUGCAGGGUGGAUAUGGGGAGACCUGUGAGAUCCUCAUCCAGCACCACGGCAGACUUUUCCAGACCCUCAUCCAGAUGACACAAAAUGAUGAUAUGAAGGAGAACAUGCUCAGGCAGGUCCUGGAGCAUGUCUCUCAGCAGAGCGACAGUCAUUACCAGAGGAUCUUGACCAGUCUUGCUGAGGUGGCUACCACCAAUGGACACAAGCUUCUCAGCCUGUCCAGCAGUUAUGAAGCUCAGAUGAAGAGUCUGCUGAGAAUUGUUCGUAUUUUCUGCCAUGUGUUUCGCCUGGGGCCUUCAUCCCCCAACAAUGGCAACGACAUGGGCUACAACGGCAACAAGACACCUCGCAGCCAGGUCUUUAAGAUGUGUGUGAGACAGAUGGAGGUGGAGACGGUACAAAAAGCUGAAUGUUCCUGGACAGGUUCUGCUGUCUUUGAUCCUUUGGAGCUGCUGUGGCACUCCCUGGAUGAGUGGCUGGUGCUUAUCUCCACAGAGCUGGACAGGAACAGGAAGAACCCGUCUUCCUCCUCAUCCAGCAGCGAGAUAGCCUCUCUGCUUCUGAAACAGCGAGAGGUCGACCACUCCGGGUCCACACCCAAACUCCCCUCCUUACUGGACCCUCAGACUGUCAUGGAAACAGAGGUCUAUGCUGACGGCGAGGAUGUCAUCUCCAUGACGGCCAAUCGGCUCAGCGCUGUGAUCCAGGCCUUCUAUAUGUGCUGCUCCUGUCAGAUGCCACAAGGAAUGACGUCUCCUCGCUUUAUCGAGUUUGUCUGCAAGCACGAUGAGGUGCUCAAGUGUUUUGUAACCAGGAAUCCAAAGAUCAUCUUUAACCAUUUCCAUUUCCUCCUGGAGUGUCCAGAGUUGAUGUCACGCUUCAUGCAUAUCAUUAAGGGCCAGCCCUUCAAGGAUCGCUGUGAGUGGUUCUAUGAGCAUCUGCUGGCCGGCCAGCCAGACUCAGACAUGGUUCAUCGUCCGGUCAACGAGAACGACAUCCUGCUCAUCCACAGAGAUUCCAUAUUCAGGAGUAGCUGUGAGAUGGUUUCCAAGUCCACCAAUGAGAAACUCAAACAGGGUAUUGCUGUUCGCUUCCAUGGCGAGGAAGGCAUGGGCCAGGGUGUGGUUCGGGAGUGGUUUGACAUCCUGUCCAAUGAGAUCAUCAACCCAGACUAUGCUCUGUUCACCCAGUCAGCUGAUGGUACCACUUUUCAGCCCAACAGUAACUCAUCUGUGAACCCAGACCACCUAAACUAUUUCCGGUUCGCAGGUCAGAUCCUGGGUCUGGCUCUGUACCACCGACAGCUGGUCAACAUCUACUUCACCCGCUCUUUCUACAAACACAUCCUGGGUAUCCCAGUGAACUACCAGGACGUGUCGUCCAUUGAUCCAGAGUAUGCAAAGAACCUGCAGUGGAUCCUGGACAAUGACAUCAGUGAUCUGGGUCUGGAGCUCACCUUCUCUGUAGAGACGGACGUGUUUGGGGCCAUGGAGGAAGUGCCGCUGAAACCUGGAGGGACCAGCAUCCUGGUCACCCAGGACAACAAGGCCGAGUACGUCCAGCUGGUGACAGAGCUGAGGAUGACACGAGCCAUCCAGCCUCAGAUAAACGCCUUCCUGCAAGGAUUCCACACCUUCAUCCCCCCCUCGCUCAUCCAGCUUUUCGACGAAUACGAAUUGGAGCUCCUGCUGUCAGGGAUGCCAGAGAUCGAUGUGCAGGAUUGGUGCAGGAACACUGAGUACACCAGUGGAUAUGACCCUCAGGAGCCAGUCAUCCAGUGGUUCUGGGAGGUGGUGAACAGCCUGACACAGGAGGAACGAGUUCUUCUACUUCAGUUUGUUACUGGAAGUUCCAGGGUUCCUCAUGGGGGCUUUGCCUACCUGAUGGGAGGCAGUGGUUUACAGAAGUUCACCGUUGCUGCAGUGCCAUACACCUCCAACCUACUGCCUACCUCUAGUACCUGCAUCAACAUGCUGAAACUCCCAGAAUACCCGAGCCAGGAGGUCUUGAGAGACCGGCUGCUGGUAGCGCUGCACUGUGGGAGCUAUGGCUACACCAUGGCGUAAACAUCCCAUCAGUUCCUGCUGCUGGCAGGGUCUGCAGACUCAUGCAACACUCCUUCACAGACACUCUUUUUGUAGUCAGCCGCUACUUUUGCUGGACAAAAAAGGGAAAUACAGAUUGUUAUUAAAGAGCUGCUGAAGAGGCACACAGACUGAUGGAGACCACAGGCUCUGGAUCUCCACACCUGUGCCACAACUUCUAUUUUUUCAAUUCAAGCUGGUCAUUUAUGCAGAGAAUAAUUCAGUAUCUUCUAAACUGGACUAUUUUUCAUAUAUACAUUUAUUUAAGAAAAAACUGCAUUUAUACCCCUUCAAACACAGGUAAUAAUCACAUAUUCAUGCAUGCUUACUGAAUGUCAAAUAUUUGUUUUGUUUACAGAGCUUUCCAUAUGGAACCAGUGUAGAAUUAAUCAGUUUCAAACAUGGAAUCAAUCAAAAUGCAUCAUAUUCAUAUCCUAGCUUCACAGUGCAGGUUUCUUUAAUGGACCAGCAUCAGGCUCACGCAUACUGCUAAGUCUACAGUUUGUUUUGACUAAUUUUAAGACUUUUAUUUUUGUUUUUUGCAUCCCUCUCACAGUUUUAACAGUCCUUGUCUUUUAGGCUAGCAGCUCUUCUCCUCUACCAAAAGCACUUACUGUCCGGGCUGGCAUUAUCAAAGGUUUAAGAUGCCAAGCUGCCAAUGUGAUAGCUGAUUUUAGUUUUUUGAUACUUUAUUGCACUGUGAAGAAACCAAAAACCUUUAUUUUGUUUAACAAAAUAAGCCAAACGUAAGAAAAUCCAGUAAAAACCAAUGCACUGAAUGGCCAAAAGUGUGUGGACAGCAUAACAUUCACGCCAUGCAUCGUAGUUGAUUUUAUCAUUCCACAACCAGAGGCGUUCAUGUGCUGCUGUAACAGCCUUCACCCCAUCUCUCUCAGGCUGAAGGAAUUUGCUCCCAUUCAGGAGCAUCAGUGAGGUCCAGCACUGAUGUUAGCUGAUCAUGCCUGGCUCUCAGUCGGCAUUCAAGUUCAUCCUAAAGGUGCUGAUGGAGUUGAGGUUAGAGCUCUGUGCAGGCCAGUCAGGUUCUGAGAAAACCAUUUCUUCAUCAGGCUGGCUUAGUACAUAUUGAAACAGGACAGGGCCACACAUAACUGUUGGAAAAGUUGGAAGAAUACUACCAUCUAUCAUUGUAUGCUGUAGUAUUAGCAUUUACCGUUAUUGGAACUAAGGGGGCCCUAACCGAGAGAAACAAACCCAGGCCAAAAUGCAUGUAGUAUGUGGACGGAAGUGUUCCAAUGGCUGCAUCCAAUGAUUAUUUCAUUUUUGAUUAAUCUAUUGUUUAUUUUCUCAAUUAAUGUAUUAGUUGUUUGGUUUAUUAAACGCUGAAAAAUGUUGAUCAGUGUUUCCCAAAGCCCAGCCUGACUUCCUCAGAUUGUUUAGGUCACAACCUAGAGAUAUUCAGUUAACUGUCACAGAGGAGGAAAGAAACCAGAAAAUACUGAAUUUGUAUAUUAUUGGUAUCAGCCAGUAUUGACUUUAGAAUGAACUAUCAGAAUUAGCCAACAUGCUUUUUCUUACUUUGCACAAUGAAUGAAUAUUGCAUACAUUGAAAAGCAUUCUAUUUCACGUCUCCAUCUCCUGGUGGGCCUUCAGGAUUAUGCAUAAUGUGAUGCUAACUUCACUACAGAAGAGACUUGAUUAUCACUAAAAUUAGAUGGGGAAAAAAGUGGAUAUAUAGAUAUCGCUUAUCGUUCAAAUGAGUUGCUGUGUAUCGGCAUAUUGAAUAUCGGCAAAAAAUCCUGUAUUGUGCAUCCUUAAAAAUUACUCAAGCCAAUUAAGGACAUGCUUUUCUUAUUUUGCACAAUAAAUAAAUAUUACAUACAUGGAAAGGCAUUCUAUUUCAUGUCUUCAUCUGAUGGUGAGCCAUCACAAUAAGAGUAUGCAUGUAUAAUAUGAUAUUAAUUCCACGGUAGGAGAGACUUGAUCACUAAAAUUAGGUGGGGAAAAAAGUGGAUAUAUAGAUAUCAUUUUUGCUUAUGGGUCAAAUGAGUUGUUAUAUAUUGGCAUAUCGGAUAUCAGCAAAAAAUCCUCCCUGACUAAUGAUGUCAGUCGGUAAAAAAAUAACACUGGCCAGUACCAAUACAGUCAGUGCUUUCAUUGCAGGAAAACAAAAACUAUUUUUUAUUUUUUUUACCAAGUGAGUACACAUAUUAGAAUGAACAUCAAGGAUAAAUAUUAACUAAUUUCUCUGCAAAAAAUAAGCUGAGUGAAUCAAAGACUGGCCUUAUCCAGCUGUGACAGAACAUGUAUUUGCAGAAGAGAAACUGUAGGUGUUUGACGUACUGUAUGGUCAAGGUGUUUUCCAUUGUAGCUGCAUGAGCACACCCCUCCAUCCCUGCAGCAUCAAAUGCACGUGGUCUACUGUGUGAAACUCUUUUUCGUUUUUGAAGUAUUUUGCUGUCAUCUUUCUUUGUGCUUAAUGAAUGCAUAGCAAUCUUCUUUAGUGAUCUGUCUGUGUUUGUCCCUAUUAAGUAGACUUUCUCAAGAAGCAAUACAAUAACUCCACAUGACAAAUGUUUGGCUUGCAGUGCCAAAACCUCAAAGCUGAAAUCCUUUUAAAGACUUUCUCUUAUUUGUAUUUUUGCCUAAACAAACAUGCUGAAAUGUAUUUUUAUUCUGAGAGAUGGGAUCAUGCCAUGAGGUUUUACUUGUUUCCUCGUGUAAAGGGAGUGAACAUGUUGAUUUAAUAUUUCAUAUGAUCUUUCAGUAUUGUUUUGAACGCCUUGCCUGAAAUGUAAACUGCUGUUAAUGUUUAAUAUGGAGCCUUUAUAGAUAUUUCUGUAUGUCUUCAGUAUCAAAUGAUGUAUUUUACAAUGAAUACUGUAUAUGUUGUGCUUUGAGAUAUUAUCCAAUAAAACUUGUUUUGACAAUC